AUGGCAUACUCAUUGUAUUAUUUGUCCACUCUCCGCUGGCAUCCUCAGAAUAUUUCAGGACCAUGGGUCUUCCUACUGCUCUGCAUACAUGGGGGCCACGGACUCACCUCUUUCCCUGACAACUUGGUCGUAGGCAAGCGUGAAGGCAGUGUCACCCUGAACUGUCCCACGGAGCUGAAAGGUGAGGUGAAAUGGAAGUAUGAGCGCGGCCAGGACGCGUACACCCUGGACGAGAACGAUUACGACAUGGAGGGGCACAGCCUGACGCUCUCUGACCUGGGUGGCCCGAUGCUGGGGGAGUACAGCUGCUGGGGCCAAGACGGCAAGCUGUCCUCCUCAUACGUGCGGCUGGAUGCUGAGGAAGAGGAGGCAGACACCACUGAGUCUCACCUGAGCUGCCGAGCCAGGUCCUACAACUGCUCCUUCACCUGCACCUGGAACAACAGCGAGGUCACCGCCCUGCGCCUGGGACUGGGCCCUGACUGUUUGGAGGGUAAGCCUUCCUGCCCCUGGGUCAGUCCCGAUAACGGAGAGUCCAAGGGACUCGAGGGAGGCUACACCUUCACCCUCCUCCACCCCUUCUCAGCCUCCUCCGAGGAGAGCACCGCCUUGCUGGUAACCGCAGAGGCCAUCGACGACCGCUCGUACUUCAGGGAGACCAAGCAGUUUUACCUGAGAGACAUUGUUCAACCUGACAGCCCACAGGAGGUGAAAUUUCGGGUGGAGAAGCAGAAGUUAAAGGUCACAGUGGAGCCUGCGCCCACCUGGACCACGCCCCGGAGCUUCUACCCUCUGGAGCACGAGAUAGAGUACCGGAAAAAGGACGACGGAAAGGUGGGGAGGUCGACCACUGGCCUCAUCCCGAGGGAGGUGAGUGAGCUGAGAGUGCGUUCCAGAGACCCUUUCGUCCUGUCUACCUGGAGCCAGUGGAGCCCCUGGAAAAAUGUAACCCACUGA